AUGACCUCAAACACACCGAACCAUACACGUCCGCGGAAUAAAGAACCCCUGAUCAAUUCGCAGGCCGAUUUUCCGGAAAAGACUCCUGGUAUUAUGAACAACCAGACAGCAAAGAGAUAUGCUUGCGACCGGUGCCGGGAGCAGAAGCUCAAAUGUCCCCGAAGCCAGCCGGAUAGUGGCACCUGCGAGCGCUGUCUCCGUCUGGGUGCCAUGUGUGUCACGAGCAUCGGCCGGCCACUGGGACGGCCUCCAAUACACGCGAACCACCGUGGCCAGGUCGAGGACAGUCGAUCGCUGUACGGCACCCGGAACGGUCGCCCCUCAACGAACCGCGGUGUGCGUGUCACGAUGGGUACAGAUCCUGCGACGACAACACAGAGCCAACCGCCAGAUCCAGGUCCUUCCCAAUUUUUCACUACCGUCAGGGCACUGGAUCACGUUAAUACAGCCUCGGCCAUGUGGUUAGACGCGUCAAACUUCCCGACUGCGAUGCCAGCGUCCGACGAGCCCACCAUCCCCUCUCCACGAGCACAUUCGCACGUCUUCUCCGAGCUAAGCGUCCCCGAUCUCGACUUUGGAGAUCUGAACGACAUGGCAGAGCACCUAAACAGGGAUCUCCACGAGCCAAUGACGGAUGUCGAAGAUAAGGUUUCUGGUCACAGCGAGAUUGCCACGCCCACUACAUCAAAUGCUGGCGAUACGGGGGUCUAUGUGGUAGGCCUCCUCGGCAGUAUUUCCCAUCAGUUGGCCGAGCUCAAGGACCAACCUUGGGAAUCUUGGAAUCCGCAUCUCACGGAAGAUGCCUUUCAGCACGGAAAAGGAACGGAUUCACCCGGAGGGCGAGACCUCAACGUUUGGAAUCGCAUUCUGAACGUAAUCAUGCGAUUUGCAACGGUUCUAGAGACGGUGAAUCCGGCAUCGCCGCCAGCGCUCUCUUUAACACUGAUGCUUUUGUCAACAUACGUUCAACUGGGUGAGCUUUUUGAGGUCGUCUUCAAUCGCAUGAGUAGGUGCCUGCGUGAGGGGUCUGGAUCGGGGACAUCGGCCGCUGCUCCGGCUCCGCUUUCACCACAGCCGACCAGCAUACAGCUCAUGAUGAUGACCCAGGUCUUUGAGUACCAGAUGCAUACUGUGGAGCGACUGCUGGGUCUGCCUGCAGAGUUCCGAAUCUGGGACCGCCGGGAUGGCGCGGUUGAGGGUGGAGCUGGGAUUCUUAGUCGGCAGGAUACUUCUGACAUUGUUCGAGCGGUAAUGAGACAGACCCGAGAAACAUUCCAGACUAUUAGACAGUCAAGCAAUCGUAUAAAAGGCUCUGCUACAUAG